UGUUUUCUCAAUUCUUUCGCAUAAAAAUUGGAAGACAAAGUAGCCUCCAGUGCGAGAAAGUCCGACCGGGUGUUAUCUGCAGUCGGGUUUCGUUAGCGUUAAGCUCUGAAAACGUCUGUUUUUCUUCGGAGAGAAGAAAGACUCUUUUAGCUGAGGUAGCGGAGAAAGAAAGAAAACAGAGAACCCAGAAGGCUGUCCGUUUUUUCAGCGGACUUGUCGAGCUUCAAGAGAGUGUGAAGGGUGUCGAGGUUCGCUCGGAUUUCCGUCGAUUUUCUCCCCGGUCGAACUGUGUAAACGUUUAUCAACAGCUGCUGAUACCGUAGCUGUUGUGUUUAUAGACCGCGGUUCACCCUUCGUGUUCCUCCGACUUCUUCGCACUUUCUCCACACAGGAUAGAAUUCCCCGUGCACAGUAAACGUAGAUCCAGAAAGAGGUUGUAGACUCUUUGAGUCGCCGUUCUCCUAUGCAAACUGCAGUCUCCGCUGGACAGAAGAAAUUCACGCCACAGACGAGGGCGCUGCCUUGACGGCUGCGGCAUAAUGGCCGCUUUACUUCGCCACAGCAAUGCGUUUUUUCCGGCGACCCUCUCGUUCGGAACGGUGUAGUUGACCUCGAAGAAACAAACCGUAACGCUGAAUGCGUGGAUACGCCGCAGGCGCGACUCGAGUGCGUGCGAGUUUCACUCCUUAUGUAGAUUUUGAAGGUUAGAAGUGGAGGAAGUCGUCUGCCAAACGCAGAGAUACACGAGCUGAACAGAUUAGCCUCGCUUUCGUGCGAGAGAGCUGGGAGGGAGAACGCAGAUCGGGGCGGGUGUCGCGGCAAUGCAUUGGAGCGAGUUGUGCUGAAAACGACAAGUCCACGGAGACUCAACGGAGUCCACUCUUUCCUUUCUCUUCCAGUUGCCUUCUCUCCUAACGCAACCGCGGCAACGCAACUUUUUCUCGCGGUUUCAUCCCCUCCCCCCUGCCGGUGUCCGGAAAAAACCUGUAUACCACACACCCAGCCACAAACACGGCUGCGUCUACACAUAGAUCACAGUUUUUUCUACGUAAAUCCAUGCCUCGGCAAAUGCAUACGUCUGGAUAGAUUGGCCGUCUCUCCAGCUGACUUCAUAUGUUGGUAUAGUUCUGAAUCGAGCAGAUCUACUCUUUCAGUCGAGAGAUGGCGCUGCAACCUCGUCACCGGUGGAUGGUCUCGCAAGUGGUGGCCGCAUUCAAGCUGGAGAACGAGGAGGCGGCGGUCGAGUUCGCUUUUCGAGGUCGAUUCUCCCCGAAAAUCGAGAAGUUCCUCUCGGGCGCCAGUCGUCGCCAGCACCUUCUCUUUGCAUUUCACCAAGGGAACGCGACGCCAAGCUCACCAGGCGCGCUGAACUCCGAUGUCGGACUCGAUGCGAAACUCAUCUGCACUGACGGCGCGGAGUCGGGCCUGCAGUCGCGUUCGAUUUACUUCCUGAAGACGACGCAGAGAGGAAAAGCUGUAAACUUGAAUGUGGCUUCUGACGGGGAGGUGAUUUUCGGGGAGAUCGCCGCUGCUCCUCUCGCCAGUUUGGACGUCGCCCUCACUGGGCUUUUCCUCCCCAUCGUCGAGAAAUUCAACGAAAAGGAGUGGUACAUAAAGUGA